AUGGCCGACCAUGCCAACGCCGCAACCACCGAGCCCAAAGACCUCUCCGGCAUCGCCCCCGCGCCGGGCGAGAACCCCUAUUCCGCUCUGAUCAACGCCAGCGGCGACAACCACGAGGAUAUGCAGCGGCUCUACGCCGCCCACCGCACGCGCCGCAACGCGCAGCAGCGGGACAAGUUCCUCUCUCCAGACUUUCCCGGCCUCGUCGUGGAUCAGCACCUGCUGCGGCUGGAGCGGCCGGCCGUCGAGCCCGGGUUCCGCGAUGAGCGGAAUUGUCUCGUCUUGUGGGCGAGGCCGCCUGUCCAUCUGCUCCGCUUGGCCGAGAAGCUGCAGGAGAUGCUGAAGCAGGCUGCGCCGAAAGUCUGGCUCAUGCCCACAUACAAGAUGCAUCUCACCACCCUCGAAGUCGCCUUCUGCAAGACGCCAGACCAAAUCGCCGCCCUCGUCUCGACCCUCCGCCCAGCCCUGCCCCGCAUAACCUCCUACACGCACUCCCACCGAGCCCGCCUCGUCAAGCCCGCCAUCUCCUACGACCUCUCCGCCUUUGCCCUGUCCUUCCUCCCGGCCGCGGGCGAGCCGCCCCUGUCCCCGACCCCGACCCUCCCCGACGACCCGCCGCCGCAGGGCGACUCGUACACGUACCACCACCUCCGGCGUGACAUCUUCGGCCUCGUGCGCGCCGCCGGCGUCGAGGUUGCGUCGCGCUACCAGGUGCCCAGCGCGCACAUCACCUUGGGCCGGUAUCUAGACGAGACGGAUCACGACACACCCGAGAAGAGGAAGGCGUGGAUCGGGGCCAUUGACCGCGUUAAUCAGUGGUUGGAGACAGGGGUCUGGGACAAGCUUGACGCUGAGUUUAUCGGGGAGUGGGUUGUCGGGCACGAAAAGGGGCUGGAUGCGAGAAACGGAACUCUGUGGUACGGGGACGGCAGGACCAUCACCGUCGGCGAGGGUUUCUAG